AAUAGUUAUAAAUAUCCUAUAUUAGCUAUUUUAGCUAGAAGGUAUUUAGCUAUUCUAGCUACUUCUACUCCUAUAGAAAGGGUUUUUUCUAUUACUAGUAAUAUAGUUACUAAAAACAGAAAUAAACUAAGCCCUCAGACUAUAGCAGAGUUAAUCCUUUUAAAAUACUGGAAAAUUAAGGAUUUAAAAGAAUUAGAAGAGAUAUUUUCAGAUAAUCUAGAAGAAGAAGAAGAAGAAGAAGAUUAA